GACGACCUCCACCUGUUGGCCGCAGGAUGGCGCAGGGCGAAAUGUCUUUUUUUUCCAGGCCCUCUUCGUCUGCGGUCAAAAUCGUCGCUCCUUCGGCAGAGGACUCGCCCAAGGCGCCGCCCAGCCCAAAGCCAUCGCCCAAACGAGACUCUACUCAACGCCAGUGUAGGAAUAUAUUGAUAUAUGGGUCAUGUAAAUUCCAGGACAAGGGUUGUAUCUAUUACCAUCCCCCGCGCGAGGAGUCUCCGCCUGCGGCUCCAGAGUCCCCUGUACCGAGACCGGCUCUCCCAGCAGAGGCCGUUAAUGCGCCUAUUUUUGUGCCCAAGGCAACUGUCAAUGCGGACAGUUCGUCAGGAUCUGUUCAGGCCACAAUCCCGUCUCAGAUGUCUAUCCCAUCGUCCAUCUCCUCGGCCCAGACGGAUUAUGAAACUGCCUACUCUGAAUUUUCGGAGGAACACGAUCCAUAUGAUCCUCAUGUCCAUGGCGCCCACAUGAGUGAGGCUCACAGCGAUGGCUUAGUUCUGAAUCCAUAUUCCACUGGUACCGAUGCAGCUCAAAUGGUCGGAUUUGAUGGCUUAUCUGCCAUGGACGCUCUCUAUACGUCCCAUUUCACAUCCGUUAGGCAACCUCUCAACUACCACCUCUAUACACUCCCUCGCCCGGAUAGCCUCGCUAAUCGGUACUUCAUAUCUGACACUAUUCGCGAGGAGCUACAGAUGCGUUCCGAGACAAUACACAUAGCUCCAGCGCCUGGCCUGAACCUCCCCGAGGAAUUGCAAGGGUACCACACUAUCACUCCGCUAGAGCUUAUUGGCGGGGAAAGACGCAAAUUCUGGAACUGGUAUUCUACGGUGUACCGCGCAAUCAGCUCUACAGAUGGAGUAGCUUAUGUACUGAGGAGGAUUGAAAACUUCCGCCUGAUGCAACAGGCCGCGUUCUCCGGCAUUGAAGCAUGGUCACGCCUCCGGCAUCCGAACGUCGUCUCUAUUCGGGAGGGGUUCACAACGCGGGCCUUCGGCGACAGCUCGCUGGUUGUGGUCUACGACUAUCAUCCGAACGCACAGACGCUAUAUGACGCGCAUAUAAAGCCGAAGGUGCCCCAGUUCCAGAACGGGCGGCUGCAGGCGCAGGCACCUCGUCUUGCCGAGCGUACUGUCUGGUCCUACGUUGUGCAGAUUGCGAGUGCGAUAAAAGCCGUGCACGACGCGGGUUUGGCGGUGAGGAUCAUUGACGCGACCAAGAUUCUUGUCACGGAGAACAAUAGGGUCCGCAUUGGUUCAUGCGGUAUUGUGGAUGUGCUUACGUACGAGUCGCGUACGGAUAUCGCCAUUUUGCAGCAAGAAGACCUGGUAAUGUUCGGCAAACUGGUCUUUGCGCUAUGUAAUAACAAUCUGGCGGCGAUGAACAACUUUCCGAAAGCGGUUGAGAACCUCGGCAGGCACUAUUCCCCGGACUUGAAGGCGGUUGCGCUCUUCCUCGUUUCUAAGCCUGGUCCGAACAAGACUAUAGGUCAUCUCUCUGAGAUGAUCGGGAGCAGACUGGUGAUGGAGAUGGAUGAGAUGCAGAACGCUGUCGACCGCCUUGAGAGCGAGUUGAUGUCCGAGCUCGAGAAUGGCCGCCUUGUGCGCCUCCUCUGCAAGUUCGGUUUCAUCAACGAGCGUCCGGAGUUUGCACGCGAGCCCCGAUGGUCCGAGACAGGCGACAGGUACAUUAUCAAACUGUUCCGGGACUACGUAUUCCAUCAGGUGGACGACCAUGGGAACCCGGUGGUCAACCUGUCGCACGUCCUCACCUGCCUCAACAAGCUGGACGCAGGGAGUGGUGAACGGAUCAUGCUGGUAUCUCGGGACGAACAAAGCUGCUUGGUGGUGAGCUACAAAGAAGUCAAGGCGUGCAUCGAUUCGGCGUUCGGCGAGCUAUCGAGGAGGUGAUGCGGCAAAGUUUGACCAUCGCUGUUCAGAAAACAUGUAGAACCAGAAAAAGACGCGGAAAAUAUAGAUAAAAGGUCGACGAUUGCAUUUUCUCUAGAAAUUUUCCGAGCGG